AUGAAAGAGGAUCUUGUUAGCGUUGCCCAAACCGACCAGCUGGACAAGCUUCGUCAUCUCUUGGACCUCGAGAUAGCGCAGAACCCCCAGUUCCUAACUAGCCCUAGCCAUCUCACUACCCCGGCCAUAGAAGCCGCGUGCUGCGCAGCGGCGCGCAGUAAUAACCCUGCAGCGCUGGAUAUCCUCCUGGAUAGCGGCUGUUCAAUAACGCUGGAUCCAAUCCUAGACGCUCUACACCUAAAGCACACAGCCAUUCUAGAUUGCAUCCUUGCUCAUAACUGGGACAUCAACUCGACUUUCAGUCACUUUGACAACGCUCUGAUUGUGGCGGCACGGGAGCGCGAUGUCGAGCUAGUCCAAUUCCUGCUGUCUCGCGGUGCCAAACCUAACUCAAAGAGCUUCGCAAACCCAUUUAAGGACGCGAUUGAAACGGCAGCUUUUACUGGUUCGAUCCCGGUGGCUGAUGCGCUCUUGAAUGCCGGGGCGGUAUUAAAGGGGGGUUUCGCACUGAGGACUGCGGCGUGCUGGGGACAUGUUGCGAUGGUAGCGUUCCUGCUGGAACGGGGCGCGGCGAUUGAUGAGAUCCCCAUCAACCCGUAUAUUAUGGAGGAGCCGUGGGAACCAGAUGAGAAGAAUGCGCUUUGCGAGGCAGCCUGGCGGGGACAGGCUGCGGUGGUGGAAUUCCUGCUGGAAAAAGGGGCGGAUCCUAGUAUCAGAGACACAAAAGGCAGAUCGGCGUUGGAGCUCGCGAAAGCUGGAGUAGAUGAUGAGUUCUGCGUGAAGCUCGCGGAACCUGGAGGACAUGAGUCCUGCGUGAAGCUGCUAGACCACUAG